CAUAUUUGUUAUUGGUUCAUCAUCUCGGCUUUUAUCUGUAAGUAUUUGACCUUUAUUUCACAACACACCGAUGCGUGCGAGCACCGGGGGCCCGGAAGAGGGCCUCGCAUGAGUAGAGGCUCAAAGUGCAUCAUCUAAAAAAGGAGGAGAGGUUCAUGCUAACCCUCAACUGAGAGACGGAAAAAAAUCAACAGCGCAAGUAGACGGAACUUUUGCUGUAUAACUGCUCUUCCCCAUUCUGUCAGCUUGAGGUUAGCUCAGACUGCCGUGUGUUGCCCUCAGAACAGACACCACUUUUUCCGGUACCAACCUCAAGAUUUUGCUUUUGCCAAAAGAGAACAAGAGACAAAAGCCCACUUUCAAACUUGCAGCUCCACAGACGCAAGAGAGACAGAGGUUUAUAAAAAAAAAAAAAAAAAAAAAAAAAAAAAAAGCCAAUGAGGGAGUAUCUGAGACAAAAGGGGGAAGUAUGUCAGAGAGGCACCACUGCAUCCACACACACACACACACACUACGCCCAGCGAAAGCAGUGAACCGUGUGAGAGGUGCACGCACGAGCAGGGCACACAGGUGUUGGGACCUUUUUUUUUUUUUUUUUUCUAAGAUCUCUGAUGGCGUCCGGUCGCUGCAGCGGCGCGAAGGAACGGCCGCCGGCGCUGCCUGUCAAACAGCUCAGGCGCCUUUCCUCCACACCUUCGGAGGUUGACUGCGGGAUGCGCAGCCCCGUCGGACUGCAGCAUCCAAGCUGCGAAUGCGACGACGUCUUCUCUGAGUCCGCGGACUGCCACGCGGUCCUGUGCCCCAUCCACCGGCGCCACGAUGCCUCCCGACACCAGGUGAGGUUUUUCUCCGACGGCCCCCCGCCGCCCGUCCCAAAGAAGAGGUUAUCCCGCACCCUCUCCCUCCCCGGCAACGGCGUGCCUCAACUCUCCCCCCUGUCCCCGCUGCAAAGGCGCCCUCUGAACUUCGACAACCCCAUGUACAUGCUGGCGCCCGCGGCCGACUCCCGAUUCCGCGAGGAGGAGGAAGGGGGCCUUCGGCCGGCGAGCGGGCGCCCCGUCCCCUCGCCGUCCUUCUCCCUUUUGUCCUUCGACACCCCAGACGAACACCUGCCCUGCCUCUUCGGCAGGAUUGACGACCGGAGGGUGGUUUCUCAGGGGAUCCAGCGUCGCCACCUGCUCUUUCUGAGGAGCGCGGCACGGAGCGCGGAGGCCGCGGUCCUGCUGCCGCGGGCGGAGGCCGCCGAGGGCCCGUACCAGCCUCAGGACUUCCGGCUGCGUGAGGGUGGCGAGCCGAAGCAGGUCGGCGACGCGCUUUACUACAGCCUGCAAAGCCACAAGCUCCCGGGCAGGGUGCUCGGCUUACGGGUGCACAAACACACGGACGGCGCUCCCUCGGCUCGAACCGAUCGGCAGCCAGAGCACGUCAACGUGCAGAGCGUCGUUGCUCAUUUCCAAGGGCCGGGGGACAAUUGCGGCCGUUUGGCAGCUCAAGGCCCGUCGGGUCACUCCAAGUCCGCUGCCGAGGCGCAGGGCGCCGACGUGACCUCCGUUGAGUCUCUCCUCCAGGAAGGGCUCUCGGUGAGCGUCGAGAGGGACCUGCCUCGGGCCACCCUGGAGGACUUCGUCCAGGACGGCAGCUCGCUGCGGGGCCCGGACCGCUUUGAGUACGACAGGCGGGCGUGCACGCUGUUGCUGCAGGUAGCGACGGGCUCGCGACACCUGUGCGACAUCGGCGGCGGCGCCGCGGUGGCCGAGCUCAGGCCGCGCGGGAUCUUUUUAGUGUGGCCCAGCGGGGAAGGCGGAGGAAGCGGAACAAGAGAGGAGACGGAGUGGGGAAAGACAGAGGGAAAGGGAGCGAUCCAGAUGUUGUGGGAGACACACGGAUGCCCUCGCGUGGUGUUGACCCCGCUGCCGCCUGCUCGGUGCGUACCGAACGCCGCCCACGUCGAAUCCCAGAUAGGAGCCUUGAUUCGAUACUGCCUCCACUCGCAAGACCCCCCGACGCCUCCGGACUCGGCUCCUCGCCCGUCCAUGUCCUCCCUCCGGAGGGGGCUCCUCCAUUUGGCCUCCGGGCCGCGGGCGGCCGACGUGGGGGCCGGGCUGCAGGCGCUCCUGUGGGGGCCACGAGGCUCCGUGACCACCGCGGUGCACAACUGGCUGACGGUGAAGCGAGCCCUGCUGGUGAUGAAGCUGGCCGACAGGGGGCUGAUCCAGGACCAGUCGCCACCGGACUGGGAGGACUGCAUGUGCCUGCAAUACCUGUCGUUUACAGACCCGGAGACGAUAAUGAGCGCGACGGGUCUGCUGAAUGCGGAGAGCGCGCGCUGAGAUGAACAGUUAGUCACACCUGGCAGGUUGUAAACUGAAUUGUGUACAAUGAAAUACAUAAAGGUUAUUUGAAAAGACAAAAGGAGUUUCCAUUCUUACAGUUCAAUGAAAAUGUAUCCAACAAAAUCCUGCAUGAUCAUCAUGAAAAUGUUUUUUAGCUUUCUAUGAAAAGGGAUGUAAUUGCACAUGAACUAUUCUUGUAUGUUUUUUUUCUACCAUUAAAAAAAAAAUGGUACAACGGUAUUUUUCUCAGUGAGUCCACUGUACAUUUUUUUCUGAAUAAAUCAAAGUUGAAUACGAAUUUAGCAAUCCAGUUUUCCUACUAUUUUGAUAAAUAUACCCGCUGAAAGUAAUGAUUGAUACAAUAAGGAUGGAUUUGGACUUUGAAUGCGUACGUUUCAUUAGAUUAGAAUUAUUUGAGGCACAGGUUGAAGCGUCAUUACAAUUAAAGUCCUGCGGAGGCGCCGUUACCAAAGGAACCGUUGAAAUGACUCUGAGCCCAAAUGAGGCCCCCCAUGAGUUCACCCAAGGUCUUUACUCGCCUUUCAGCAGCUCCUAUCAGACCCGUUCACACAUCCCUUUGUUGUGGAG